UUACAGAUCUCUGCCAUCAGGAACCCACUGCUGUGUUGUUAUAUCUCUCUCUCUCUCUCUCUCUCUGCAGUUGGUCAGUUCACUUCCCAACACCAUCUCCAUAUCCGUCCGUUCCUCUCGCCAUCAAUUCAAUCAAUGGCCAACUCACAGAAACCCUUCCGUAAACCCUAACGCUCACAACCGAUCCAUUCUCCAAUCACCAUUUUCAGGCUUUAAUCCCAGUUUCCCAUGGCGCUUAGCUGAUACUCUGUUCGUUUCGGCUCAAAAUCUGCCUCUGCCGCCACUAAAGAGCUUGGAGUUCCUCUCACCGUCGCAUGCUCUCGUCGAUCGGUCUCAACGGUGACGCGUAUGAGUGAUUUCUGUGCCCGAUUCGGGGAGGCAUGAAGCGGGAGUUGGCUUUUGCACUGGGGGUCCAGUCUCAGCUCGCCAGCCCGCUCGGUCGGACUCGGUCGUCUCAGGCUCAGUCGCAGUCCACGGUUGAGCUGAGCCACUGUAACGGCGGCCCCCAGAGCGAGGGCGUCAGCAACAAGAGGUUGAAGGUCUCGUCUUUAAUAGUCUACACUCGCAGGGGCAAGCCGAAAAAUGGCGUUUCUGAGGAUUUGAAAGUCGAGCAACUCGAGAAUAGCGAGGAGCUGAAUCUAGAAGCCGUCCCCUGGGAUGCUCAAGAGCGAGAGACAGUGGUGGCGAAUGGCGCAAUUGAGGGGCAGUGCAAUGGCGUUUCACGUAAGUCUAUGACUGAAGAGGAGCUCACGAUCGAUGAGGCUGGGUUGGUGGAUGUGCUUGUUGAGGAGGAUUUGGCACCCCCUUGUGAAAGGGCUGAGCUUUGUGGAGAACUCAGAGUUGAUUCAGAAGAAGGAUUGGUAGAUGUCGUAAUUCGAGAAGAUAGUCGUAGAUUAGGCUCCUUUUUCUCUAAAGGUGGGGGAGAUGCAGUCUUUCUUGGUGGGAGUCCUGGACCAUCGAGAAGGUUUACGCGGUCAUUUGUAAACGAGGACGAGGUAGCUGCAAAUGGUGUAGGCAAUGAGGCUCCCUCGAAUGUGGAUAGGGGGCCCCAUGAAAUGGCCUCACCUGAGAAUUUGCAAUUGAAGAUGUCUGGAACUAAGAAUGUGCAAAAUAAGAAGCUACAGACUGUCAGGGAUCUUUUCGAGACCGGUUUGCUUGAAGGGGUAACGGUGGUUUACAUGGCCGGUGUAAAUAAGGCACCUGGUCUUCGAGGUACUAUUAUGGAUGGCGGGAUACUGUGUUCAUGCUCUAAUUGCGAGGGACGUAGAGUUAUUCCGCCUUCACAGUUUGAGAUUCAUGCCUGUAAAGUGUAUAGACGGGCGGCGCAGUAUAUCUGCUUAGAAAAUGGAAAGAGCCUACUUGAGGUUUUGAAAGCUUGUAGACGUGCUCCAGUGAAUUUGUUGGAAGCCACUGUUCAGCGUAUUAUUUAUUCUUUGCCCGCAGAGAAAACUUUCACUUGUAGAGGGUGCAAAGGUACCUUCCCUCCAUCCAGUUUUGCAAGAACAGGACACUUCUGCAGUUCAUGUGCAGAAUUGAGGAAAUCCCAAGAUUCCCAAAGCAUUACUAUUCAUUCAAUGGAGAAGAAAUCUAGCAGGUCAGCAAAUGCUGUUUUAACUUUGGACUCCCCCGUUAGUCCUGUCACAAGUUUCUCUACGCAAGAUAAUGGUCAAUGGAUGCACAAGAGGAGGUCCAAAGAUGAACAGUUGAUAUCCAAGUCACCUGAAAUUGUCUCAGCAUAUCCAAGGAGGGCUCAUUUGAGAUUAGUGGCAAAGUCGCCUGAAGCACUUCUCAUCUCAAAAUCCUCCAGAAGUGCUUCACCUUGUAUUUCUCGGAAACAGAAAAGUCGAAUAAAAAUGAUGGACAAGUCCUGGAGAUCAGUGCCUAGGAUGAAGCUAUCAAAAGUUGCUUCAACUUCCAUCUCAUCACCAAGGAGGACUCAAUGGAAAAUCACCAUAAAAGAUCAGCGAUUGCAUAGACUGGUAUUUGAUAAAGAUGGAUUGCCUGAUGGGACUGCAUUGGCCUACUACUCUCGUGGACAGAAGCUGCUUGAGGGUUAUAAGCAAGGGUUUGGCAUAUUCUGCAAAUGCUGCAACAGUGAGGUUAGUGCCUCGCAGUUCGAGGCUCAUGCUGGUUGGUCUUCAAGAAAGAAGCCGUAUUCAAAUAUUUACACUUCAAAUGGUGUGUCUCUGCAUGAACUAGCAAUAUCCCUCUCAAAGGGUCGUAGAUAUUCUGCUAAGGACAACGAUAACCUCUGCACUAUUUGUGCUGAUGGUGGGAACCUCCUACUUUGCGAUGGAUGCCCCAGGGCCUUCCACAGAGAAUGUGCGUCUCUUACGACUAUCCCUCGUGGUGACUGGUACUGCCAUUAUUGCCAGAAUAUGUUCCACAGAGAGAAGUUCGUUAAUGAAAAUGCUCUUGCUGCUGGAAGAGUCUCUGGAGUUGACCCCAUUGAAGACAUUUCAAAGAGAUGCAUUCGUAUAGUCAGAAACAUUGGAACAGAAAUUAGUGGUUGUGUACUAUGUGGAUGUUACGACUUUAGCAAGUCUGGUUUUGGUCCUCGUACCAUCAUUCUUUGUGAUCAGUGUGAGCAGGAGUUUCACAUUGGCUGUUUGAGGGAACAUAAAAUGGCAAAUCUCAAGGAACUGCCAAAGGGGAAGUGGUUUUGCUCUAGGGAUUGCAAUCGUAUCCACUCUACCUUGCAGAAUUUGGUAACUCGUGGGGCAGAGAAGCUCCAAGACUCAUUUUUGGACAAUAUAAAGAAGAAGCACGAGGAGAAAGGUUUGGAUAUGGUUGACAAUCUUAAUGUGAGUUGGAGGCUGCUAAGCGGCAGUUUUGCUUCACCUGAAUCUAGACGUUUGCUCUCUGAAGCUGUUGCUAUAUUCCAUGAAUGUUUCGACCCAAUAGUUGAUUGGAUGAGCGGCCGUGAUCUCAUACCCUCCAUGGUUUAUGGGAGGAGCACGAGGGGCCAAGAGUAUGGGGGAAUGUACUGUGCUGUGUUGAUUGUGAACUCAGUUGUUGUUUCAGCUGGUAUUUUUAGAGUUUUUGGACGAGAACUUGCUGAGCUUCCCUUAGUUGCGACAAGCAAGGAGAACCACAAUAAGGGCUACUUCCAGUUGUUGUUCUCUUGCAUAGAGAAGUUAUUGGCCUUCUUGAACGUGAGGAGCCUCGUACUACCUGCUGCUGUAGAAGCGGAGUCCAUAUGGACCAAUAGAUUUGGCUUUAAAAGGAUAACUGCAGAGGAGCUUACAAAAUACAAAAAGAUGGGAUGUCAAAUGGUCACCUUCCAAGGAACAUCUAUGUUGAAGAAACCGGUCCCUCAAUAUAGACUCGCUAGCAAUGGUGAAUUAUGACAACAUGACAAUUUCGAUUUUUCUUUCGGUCAUUGUUUUAGGUUCUUGGGUUAGAGGUUAUUCGUGUAAAAAAAAACUAUCCUGUUUUUUUGGUUUUUACUAUGUGGCAAUGAUUCGAGCAUAUUGUAUCAUAGAUGCAAUUGGGGCAGUCUCCCUUGUACUGUAGGUUGGGAAGCUCCAGGCAGACAAUUCACCACAUGGAUGGAACUCGAAGAAUCCAUGAUUGGGAUGCUUUUUUUCGAUGAAAAGAUGUUGAAAUCCUUAUUGAUUGAUAUGUUGUAUCUACUUUUGGAAUC